AGACGACAACUGUACAACGCAUGCGCAUUAGCUUUGAUCACCUUGCCGCCAUUUUUGAAUUCCAACCUUCAGCAUAGUGUGCUGGAUAAAGUACUUGUAACGUUAGGUAGAGUAAGACUGCCACCGAAAGUGUAUUUAUCUAAGCCUCAGGGAAUUCUUGUGUGUGGUUGCUGGUUGACAAGUUAAUGGCUCGAACCAAGCAACUCUCGAGAAAGCGUGGCUCACGACAAAGACCAGUGACGUUCGCCUCUCCGGUGAGAUCGACUACACAGCCCUGGCCGUCUCCUUUCGUCACGGAGGCAGCGAAUCAACACGGCACGCAAGGCCGAGGCACAAAGAUGUACAAUGCAGACAAGAGGAAAAUGCAAAGGCGUUUCCGUCCAGGGAGGAAAGCUCUCAAAGAGAUCCGCAAGUUCCAACGCAGCACGGCACUUCUCAUUCCCAAGAUGACCUUCCAGCGACUAGUCAGAGAGGUCGCCUGGCGGUUCAACCUGGAAUUGAAGUUUCAAGUCGAUGCGCUUUUUGCAUUGCAAGAAGCUGCAGAGGCCUACCUUGUGGGGUUGUUCGAGGAUUUGAACUUGUGCGCCCUUCAUGCCAAACGAGUCACCGUCAUGCCCAGGGACAUGCACCUUGCAUUGCGGCUGCGUGGGGAGAGACUACAUUAGGGUCAUAAAAAAACACUGGGUGACAACCCUCGGACCUGAACUUCGAGCUCGCUAUGGGACAUCGCUCUUAUUUAUAUCAUCAUAAUGAUCCAUAUUCCGUUAAGUAUAGUUAUGUUAUGUGUAAUGUUAUGAUGAUGAUACUGUACAUUUAACGACUAGAUAAAAGGAACUUUGCCUUUGGCAAAAAUGUGAUAUAUGACACUGUUUAGCCGUUCUGUGAAAUAUUAUUUACUUGUAUCUAUGGAUGGCAAGACUGUCUGAUCAGAAAGAAGAAAAAAGAUAUCCAUUACAUUGUACUAGUUACAGUCCCAAAUAGACAAGACUGUAAUGGAAAAAAAAUAAUUAAAAAAAAGAGCUUGGAUGAAAGAAAGGGCAUCUGUAUUACAGGAUUUGUGCUAUGCGUA